AUGGCAUUGCCUAAUCAGCAAACAGUUGAUUAUCCUAGCUUCAAGCUUGUGAUCGUCGGGGACGGUGGCACAGGAAAAACAACUUUCGUCAAGAGGCAUCUUACUGGAGAAUUUGAAAAGAAAUAUGAACCAACUGUUGGUGUGGAAGUGCAUCCAUUGGAUUUCUUCACAAACUGUGGCAAGAUUCGUUUCUACUGCUGGGAUACUGCUGGUCAAGAGAAGUUUGGUGGUCUCAGAGAUGGAUACUAUAUCCAUGGGCAGUGUGCGAUUAUAAUGUUUGAUGUUACUGCUCGGCUGACAUACAAGAAUGUCCCUACUUGGCACCGUGAUCUUUGUCGGGUUUGUGAAAACAUCCCAAUUGUUCUUUGCGGAAACAAGGUUGAUGUGAAGAACAGGCAAGUGAAGGCCAAGCAGGUUACUUUCCACAGGAAGAAGAAUUUGCAGUACUAUGAGAUUUCAGCUAAGAGCAAUUACAACUUUGAGAAGCCUUUCCUGUAUCUUGCCAAGAAACUUGCAGGUGACGCUAAUUUGCACUUUGUCGAAUCUCCUGCACUGGCUCCACCAGAAGUUCAAAUUGAUAUUGCCUUACAACAAAGGCAUGAAAAUGAAAUUCUCAAAGCUGCUAAUCAACCCCUCUACCCCACGGCUACCACUCCAUCUCUCUCUCUCGCCAUUGUUAACCCCUUUAUCUCCCUUCAAUUUCAACAUUACACCAUUCGACAGAAACAAUUUCAAGAAAUCUUCCUCACAACCCUUUACUCCCCAUUCAAUUACUUCCCCUCUUCCGCGAGUUCAAUCAACAACCCAGUGAUAUUCCAUCUUUCACUACUCCCUGCCUCCGCCUUCAAUCCAACACAACAUAAAUAA